CUGUCUAUGUCUUAGAUGGUCUCAGCGGCUACCGCUCUGCCCUUCCUCAUCAUGACUGUUGUGUUCCGGCCCUACCUGAGGGGUGUGUACUGUGAUGAUGAGGACAUCAAGUACCCCCGCAAACCUGACACCAUCACCCACGGCUUGCUGGCUGCAGUCACCAUCUCCUGCACUGUCAUCAUUAUAUCAUCAGGAGAGGCCUACCUCGUCUACAGUAAGAGGAUCCACUCUAACUCUGAGUUCAACGGGUACGUGGCGGCACUCUACAAGGUGCUGGGUACCUUCCUGUUCGGGGCAGCUGUCAGCCAAUCACUGACGGACCUGGCCAAGUUCUCCAUCGGACGCCCUCGGCCCAACUUCAUGGCCGUCUGCAACCCCAAGGUCUGCAAAGGCUACGUGCUGGAGAUCAACUGCACCGGCAAUCCUCGGGACGUCACUGAGUCCAGGCUGUCCUUCUACUCCGGCCACUCCUCCUUUGGGAUGUACUGUAUGCUGUUUCUAGCAUUGUAUGUCCAGGCGAGGCUGAGGGCUAAGUGGGCAAGACUCCUCCGACCCACAAUCCAGUUCUUCCUUGUGGCCUUUGCGGUUUACGUGGGCUACACCCGCGUGUCCGAUUACAAGCACCACUGGAGCGACGUUCUGGUGGGCCUCCUCCAAGGCGCUCUCAUUGCCAUCCUCAACGUGCGCCACGUAUCAGACUUCUUCAAACAGCGUCCUCCCCGCUGCUCCAGCCAAGAGACGGCUGAGAGCGAGGAACUGGAGCGCAAACCCAGCCUGCAGAUGGCAGAUGCAGAGCACAACAACCAUUACAGCUACCCAGGGCCUGUGUGAGAGGGGCCAACCCAGGGGCCCCCAGACUAUGUCAACCACUCUCACCACAAACUCCCACAAACCACUGGGCUGAGUGAAGGGGCUGCACACAAUACCAGAACCCUCUAUGGCCUGAGUGCACCAGCCACAUUCUGAAGACAUGACUCCCUCUCCCCACGAAUGGGAGAGGACUUUUUUUUGUAUCAUGGUUGAUGUUCACAAACAUUUUUUUGUAUGUUUUUAACUUUUUUUUAAACUUUAUUUUACACAAUAGAUUAGGAGAGAGUACCAAACAUUCACAUAAGAAAGAAAGAAAGAAAGAAAGAAAGAAAGAAAGAAAGAAAGAAAGAAAGAAAGAAAGAAAGAAAGAAAGAAAGAAAGAAAGAAAGAAAGAAAGAAAGAAAGAAAGAAAGAAAGAAAGAAAGAAAGAAAGAGACCGUUCUCUGAUGAGAUUAGUUUUAGUGCACCUUAGUCGGAGGAGUAAUCUGAACUUCAGUGGAAGUUUGGGAUUGAUAUGUUGAAUGUUUCACCUAUGUUUAAUGGAGUACAGAGAGAAAGAAAUGUUGAUGAUGAUUGUGUAAUCUUUCCUUGGAUGUUCCAGAGUGAUAUACCACUAGAUCACAAACAAUCACUGCAAAAAAUUGGCAUAAAGAUUUUAGAAUUUGGAAUUUAGAAAUUCAGCUUUUAGCUAAGCCAUUCUGGCUUCUCUAUUUUUUAUAUAUAAAUGUUUUAACAGUAACAUUGCUCCUUUGGUAUGAAUUGAAGGUAUCUGGAAGGGCCUUCUCAUUUAUUUUCUAUUAUAAACUGGGUGGUUCGAGCCAUGAAUGCUGUUUGGCAGAAAGAUGUCAUAUCAGACCAUAUACCACGGGUAUGACAAAACAUUUAUUUGUACUGCUCUAAUUAUGUUGGUAACCAGAUUAUAAUAGCAAUAAGGGGGGUUUGUGGUUUAUGGCCAAUAUAUCACGGCUAAGGCUGUAUCCAGGUACACUGCGUUGCAUAGUGCACCAGAAUAGCCCUUAGCCGUGGAAUAUUUGCCAUAUACCACAUCCCCUCGUGCCUUAUUGAUUAAUUAUAGAUUACUUUAUUCUCAAGGUUGGAAAUGUCUAUUAUACCAGCGCUGUUCAGCUAUUUUGCAAUCACGAUCACCCCUGUUAGCCACUAUGAGCCACAAAUACUGUAUCUUCUAAUAUUGUGACAUUUUUCAUACUGCAUGGAGAUUGUGUGUAAAUAUGCAUGUAAGUAUGUUUUUUUUCUUUCUCACAUGUACAUGUUCUGUGGCCCAUAUCAAACCAGUGCCUUCUUGGACUAGUGCCCUUUAAGAUUGCCACAAAUGGAUCAGAUUCCAAGUUCACAACACAAACCAGAUGCCUUAACAUGAGCCUUUAAGGGUUAUAAUGAUACAUCUUACCAUUCGAGUCGUUUGUUGCAAGCUGGUAAUACUGUUCUGUGCAAAGUUCAAAGAUUGGACUGGACUGAUUGAGCUAAUUUGUGAAGAACUGCUCCUGUACACUGACUGUCCGGCCUGGCCCUGCUUGGCACAGGAGGACUGACGACAUAUCAGUCAGCUGGUAGUGAUUGUGAGGCUCAGAGAGCUGACUCUGAGAAGUGACCUGUGACUGUGGAAUGGCAAGGGCUUCCUGCGGAGACCUGGUCCCUACAGACUUCCAGACUUUUAAAGACUGCUUUGAAUUCCAGAAAUGAGAACCACCUGGAGCAGCUUCAGUGAAGUGUUGUUGUGUAGUGUCUCAGCUGUGUAUUACAGAAUCCCCAGACCAAAUUUACCCAUGAAACAAUGGUAUGAAAAUGUUAUGGUGUUUGAGUCACCUCCAGGUUUCCAUCAUAAAAGGCCCUCGGUUAGCCUUGUUCUGGGUGGUGUGUGUUUCAUAUGUAAUCAAACUAUUUCCAUUAGGAUUGGUGCCUUCGAAUAGGUCCUGGUUGGCCAUUCUCAGUAUGUCAAACAUUAUGCUGUUCUGUACAUUCAUCUAGCCGUAGCUGUUUAUGUAUACACAAAAGGAUUCUAAAUAAAUACCAAAUAUACA